UCAUUUGCUCGUGAGAGUUUCACCUUACACCCAAAACACCUACAGCCAAUGAAAUCUGACUUCGUCGUAUGAUAAUAUACGAGAAUAACCAAUCACGUCUAGGAUCGGUUUCCACUUGAUUUAGUUACUUCAACUGUGCACCUUACCAUCUCUUAUUCUUUGUCUGCAAAUCAAAGCAAGCAUGAGGACAGUUUUAUUCCUCGCCUUUGUUUGUUGCAUUGGAGCAGAAAACAUUCGGCAGCCAAAACGUUUACAGACCUCUAAGCUGGGUGACAAUGUCACUAUCGAGUGCUACCUACCCAAGAAAGAUUAUAACAAUAUAGCGUGGUACAAGCAGGACAUGGGUAUGCAUCUUCAGAUCGUUUCAAAAAGUUACAUUUACCUGACCAGGGUGGAUUUUUCUGAUGGAUAUGAUGAUGGCCGUUUUAGUGUAACAAUAAAAACAGGUAUUUAUCAUUUACACAUUUCCUUGACAAAAAAGGAAGAUAUAGCAACAUACUUUUGCGGAGUGAUAACUUUAGGAGAGCUGGAUUUCGGACCUGGGACAUUUUUAAUGCUUAACGAGCACACCUCAACAAUAGUUCUUCAGGAGCCUAUUUCGGAUGAAAUUCACAUCGGGGACAACGUUACUAUCAUGUGUAGAGUGCAAACAGUAGAUCAGAAAUGCAAAGGAGAACACUAUGUUUACUGGUUCAGAGAGGCUGCUGAAGAAACCGGUCCUGGCAUCAUUUACACCGAUGACAGGAAGAAACACGGAGAGAUCUAUAAGGACGAUUGUUCAACUCAAACUUGCAUUUACAGCCUCACAAAGAGGAACCUCAGCCUUUCUGAUGCUGGUACUUACUACUGUGCUGUACUCGAGUGCGGCCGGAUACUGUUUGGGAAUGGGACUUCUCUAGAAAUCAGCUCAAUACUCGAUAGCGAUUUGACAACAAGCCCUUUGUUUCUCAUACUGGUCUUAUCAAACACCAUUUCUGCGCUAAUAAUGAUUUUGCUCAUGGCAGUGCGAUGUAAAGACCAAGGCAGCUCAUCAGCCGACAGAUCCCGUUAUCAAGAGACAUCUGAAGGUGCUCAGGUUGGAGAUGCAGGUGCCUUGACUUACACAUCUGUCAGUUUCAGCUGUAAAUCACAGUCCUCUAGAGGUGCUAAACAACACAACAUUUCCCAGCAUGCUGACGUCUAUUCACAGAUCAGGUCCUAACAGAGGAACCACUGGAAAACCUAAACAUGUUUCCCGUACUUUAAGGAUCCAGAUGCACCACUGCAUAAAGCAUGAUGAACUAAACAGUGCGUGAUAAAAAUCUGAUUAAUUAUAAAUUAUAAUACUAUAAAAUACCAAUCAUUAAGU